UUUCCAGCCGUAGGCAAUGCGUAACUCCUGCACUCCAGCGACCUCGGCGCCUACAACAAUCUAGUAUUUAUGUACUCCAGGUCGGUCUCUUUGAUAUAAAUAAGACCAUAUUUCCCCGAGCAGUGUACACAAGAAUCCAUCUCGAUCUCCCGCAAGCCUAUCAUCAUCAAUCAAUCUAUAAAUUUACACAGAGCCACGCGCACCCGUAUUAAGAUGACAGGUGCGGAAGUUAUUGGUGCGGCAUCUGGGCUAGCAGGUCUUUUUACCACGACCAUUACCUUGUUUGACUAUAUCUAUGUUGCAAGAAAGGCGGCCCCACGACUACAGUCCCUGAUCGUGAAGCUUGGCAGUGCGCAACUAAGACUAACGCGCUGGGGCCAGGCUGUCGGUCUCACAGGCUCGAAUAUCGAAGACGAGGAAUCGCUGAAAAACUCAGGCUCGUUCCAGCUCGACAAAGAGCAGGAGAAUCAGGCUAUACGGACAUUUCGGAUCUUGGUGACUCUUUUCGAAGAGUCGAAGAAAAUCUGUCACAACGAACGCAAUGGAAAGUCUGAGGAUGACCCUGAAGUGAAAGCGAACGAAAUAAAGCCGUUCGGCCAGAAUGGCUUCAAGUGGAGCGCUAUGCACUGUUACCUUCAUGAGACAAUGCAAAAAAUCGUCCACGAGCGUAGAAAUAAGAUGUCAGUUCCUCGACUCUUCAAGUUCGCUAUUUAUGACGAGAAGCAUCUCGAGAAGCUGGUUAAGGACAUCAAUGACCACAUUGACGCACUAUACCAAAUUUACACCCCGUCCGCGAGCGAUGAAGAAGAGGCGGGCGAGCAGGAAAUGGACAAGCUUCUCAAAGUCAUAAAGGAAUUGCGCUCUGCAUCGGAGCGGGAUCCAGUGAUAAACACGGCUGCCAAGAAUGUAUUGGACCAAAGUAAUGAAAAUAUGACCUUCAACACCACGGAGUCUACCGUCCAGAAAAUAGGGCAGGAUCAGCAAGGUCGCUAUGAAAUGACGAUCGGAUCUGAUGCAAGCAAAAGAAGAUAAUGCUACGCUGGCCAGCUGACUGCAGUCUGAA